UAAUAUAUAUAUAUAUAUAGUAAAAUGAUAUAAUCCAAUAUCUGAAUUCUGAGCAAGUAGUUAAGUACUAGGUAGAAAGUUCAAAGUUGUCCAUGAUCCAUGUCCAGAUUCCAGUGUGUCUUUGACCUGUUCGAAUUGCGUGGACCUCUAGUGAAAGCCUAAUUUACACUCGUUAUAUCUACAGUGCUAUUACUUUUUAUCGUGCUGUGCUAUUAGUGCCCUAGUGGAUGGAAUAUAGUAAAUAAGAAAUCAAAUUCAAGAAGCAAGCAGUAACACGAGAUGUCUUCGAAGGCCAUUUAUGAAGCCGCUGGCAAAGAUCUAAUCAACAGGCACAUAGCACCCGGGACUGGUCUGGUGCCGUGUCGGUUCGCUGUCUUCGAGCACAGCACAAUCUGGGAGGACGAGCUCGGGAAAAACCCUUGGCUAACGAAGGAGCAACUAGUCGUGAAGCCGGAUCAAUUGAUAAAACGUCGGGGCAAACUCGGCUUGGUUGGGGUGAACAAAAACGCAUCGGAAGUCAGAAAAUGGCUGAGCGAGCACACGGGCAAAGAACAGAAAGUGGGCUCAGCCAGCGGCAAGCUGCGGCGGUUCGUUGUGGAGCCGUUUGUCAAACACUCAGCGAAUGAGGAGAUGUAUCUGUGCAUUCAGUCGGGCCGGCGGUCGGACACCAUUAUGUUCCAUCAUCAGGGUGGCGUGGAUGUUGGUGAUGUUGAUGCUCUGGCUGUCAGACUUGACGUUCCGGUGGACACAUUCCCAACGGGUGAAGACAUUGAAGUAAAUCUAUUGAAGAAUAUUAAGUCCCCAACCACUAAAAGAAUCUUAACGACUUUCAUUCUCUCGCUGUACAAAGUAUUCGUGGAGUUGUAUUUCACGUAUAUGGAGAUAAACCCAAUCGUUGUCACGAACGAGAGGAUAUACCUUCUGGACUUGGCCGCGAAGUUGGACCAGACUGCAGACUUCAUCUGUGCCAAGCACUGGGGGAGUAUCGAGUUCCCACCCCCUUUUGGACGCGACGCGUACCCCGAAGAAGCUCACAUCGCCGACUUGGACGCGAAGAGCGGAGCCAGCUUGAAGCUCACAGUCCUGAACAAAUCUGGUCGUAUUUGGACGAUGGUCGCCGGUGGGGGGGCAUCCGUAGUGUACACAGACACAGUGUGUGCCCUGGGGGGCUCUGCUGAGCUCGCUAACUACGGUGAAUACUCCGGCGCCCCCACCGAGAGCCAGACCGCGGACUACGCCAAGACUAUCUUCAGCCUCAUGUGCAGGGAUAAACAUCCAAAUGGAAAGGUGUUGAUAAUUGGGGGUGGUAUCGCGAACUUCACGAACGUGGCGGACACGUUCCGCGGGAUCAUCACUGCUAUUGAGACGUACAAGGACGCGCUAAAACAGUACAACGUCACUAUAUUCGUGAGGCGAGGGGGGCCCAACUAUCAGGAGGGAUUACGCCAGAUGCGAGAAGUAGGGCAUCGGCUGCGUAUCCCGAUGUACGUGUUUGGUCCCGAAGCGAAUAUGACCGCCAUAGUGGGGUUGGCAUUGGGACAGCAUCCCAUCCCAGCCGAUCACCAACUGGACUACGCGCCCAAACAGCUGCCGAAGCCAAAACCAGGGCCGGAGCUAAAGGUGGAACUGCCAGAGUUGACAAACUCUCUGUUAGACCUGGUCUGCUCCCAAGCCAGCACAAGGAUGGACUUGGGCCAGCAGAUAUCUACAGCCAGACCUCUGUUCACGGAUAGGACGAAGGCUAUCGUCUGGGGGAUGCAGAACAGAGCUGUACAGGGUAUGCUGGAUUUCGACUACAUUUCUCGACGAGCAGAGCCGUCGGUCGUCGCUAUAGUAUACCCGUUCACAGCCGACCACAAACAGAAGUACUACUUCGGGAAUAAGGAGGUGUUUAUACCUGUGUUCAGUGACAUGGAUGUGGCAAUGCGAAAAUACCAAGAGGCGACAGUGCUUGUCAACUUUGCAUCGUUGAGGUCCGCUUUUGACAGCACAAUGCAGGCCAUGCAACACCCACAAAUACACACGAUUGUUAUUAUUGCCGAGGGUAUACCAGAGAACAUGACCAGGAAAAUUAUCAAAUUAGCCGAUAUCAGAGGAGUGAACAUAAUUGGGCCGGCAACGGUUGGCGGUAUAAAACCGGGCAGUUUUAAGAUUGGGAACACUGCGGGCAUGAUCGACAAUAUCAUAGACAGCAAACUGUACAGGCCGGGGAGCGUGGCUUAUGUGUCCCGGUCUGGUGGUAUGAGUAAUGAGCUGAACAAUAUCCUGUCCAAGCACGCGGAUGGUGUAUGUGAGGGCGUGGCAAUCGGAGGCGACAGAUACCCGGGCAGCACCUUCAUUGAUCACCUGCUGAGGUUCGAAGCGGACCCCAACGUGAAGAUGCUGGUGCUGCUGGGUGAGGUCGGGGGAGUGGAGGAGUACCACGUGUGUCGCGCUAUCCGGGAUGGCCUCAUCACCAAGCCCAUGGUCGCCUGGUGCAUCGGAACCUGUUCCGAUAUGUUUACUGCGGAGGUUCAGUUCGGUCACGCCGGGUCGCUCGCAGGCUCUGCCCUGGAGAAGGCAGUGUCCAAGAACGCGGCACUGCGAGCGUACGGUGUCACAGUACCAGAUUCGUUCGACUCUCUCGGUGAUUCCAUAAGAGAGGUAUAUAAGAAGCUGGUAAAGGAAGGCAAGAUCAUCGAAAAGGAAGAAGUGGAACCCCCAAAGGUGCCCAUGGAUUAUGACUGGGCAAGAAAAUUGGGUCUGAUCCGCAAGCCGGCCGCGUUCGUGAGCACGAUCUGUGACGAACGAGGCCAGGAGUUGAGCUACUGCGGGGUGCCCAUCAGCCAGGUGCUGGAGAGGCAGUUGGGAGUCGGUGGUACCAUCAGCCUGCUGUGGUUCCAACGCGAGCUCCCGGAGUGGGCGUGCAAGUUCUUCGAGCUGGUGCUGAUAGUGACCGCAGACCACGGGCCCGCCGUGUCCGGAGCCCACAACACGAUGGUGACUGCGCGCGCGGGCAAGGACCUCAUCUCCUCCGUUGUCUCCGGCUUGCUGACUAUUGGUGACCGGUUCGGCGGAGCUUUGGACCGGGCGGCGCAGGACUUCAGCGCGGCGUACGACCGUGGGCAGCACCCUCAGGAGUUCGUCAACGAGAAGAGGGCCAAGGGAGAACUCAUCAUGGGUAUUGGACACAGGGUGAAGUCUAUCAACAAUCCCGACUCGCGGGUGCGCGAGCUCAAGGCGUACGUGACGGCUCGCUGGCCCGCGUGGCCCGUGACGCGGUAUGCUCUCGACGUGGAGGCCAUCACCACCCGGAAGAAGCCCAACCUGAUCCUCAACGUGGACGGCAUCAUCGCCGCGGCCAUGGUCGACCUGUUCCGCCACUGUCAACUCUUCACGCAAGAGGAGGGUAACAACUACAUUAACAUGGGCUCAAUCAACGCCCUGUUCGUCCUGGGGAGGACCGUGGGUCUUAUUGGACACUACCUGGACCAGAAGAGGAUGAAGCAGCCCCUCUACCGGCACCCGUGGGACGACAUCACCUAUAUGUCGCCCCUCAACUAAACAACACUCAUCAUCACCAUCACAAUCGCACUUAUCACCGUCUCUAUAAGAGCACACUCGAAUACACCAUCUGCAAGUUACACCUUUAUAGAGAAUAUCACUGGGACCGUCAAAUUAUAAUAAUAUUGACACACAUUUACACAAAUAAUCGGGACUUGAACACGCGCCUCUCGAGUUCCGUCUGAGCGCUCUUCCACUGAGCGAACCUUCCGAGUGACGCAUGGUUCUUAAAUCUUGGUAUAUCUUGUUCGACUCUCUUUAUCAACUUUAAAAAUAAGAAAUUGUUUGGAUUUGAAAAGAGCGACAUCUCAAGUCAAUCACCUAAUAAGCAAAUUAUUGGGGUUGGGCAGAUUGUCAACUGUACAGUAGAUCCUGUAGGUGGAGCCACUUUUGAGUUGAAGAAGACAUACCAAGAUUUACAAACCAUGCGUCCCUCGGACGAUUGGCUCAGUUGGUAAGAGCGUUUGGACGGCACCCAAGAGGUCGCUGGUUUGAGUGCCGCAUCGUUCAUAUAUUGUGCUUAUAAAGUUAAUUUGUCAUAAUAAUUUUUCAUUUCCACACAAGUAUUCAAAGGCGCGAGUGACGUCAUAACAUAGCGCGCCGCUAUGAGUGCAAAUUCAAAUUGGAUUGGAGUGCUGCUCAGAAUUUAUGGGUUUUUCAAGAAUCCUGAGCGGCACUGCAUUGUAAUGGGCAGAGCGUAUCAAUCACCAUCAGCUGAACGUCCUGCUCGUCCCGUCAUAAUCAUCGUAAAUAUAAAAAAAAUUGUGCAUUUGAUACAACUGGACCUUCAUGACGAAUUUCUCAAAUAUACAGUGAAGUUUUUAUUGUUGGUUUCCAAAAAAAAACACUAUAGACUUAUAUGUCACAUUUUUCUCCCACUGUCGUAUAGAUGACGGUAUUUAAAAUUGUCUCUAAAUAUGUAUUGACGGAAACCCAGCUGAUAUUCGAAUAUGUUACUAGAAAUAUGAAUUUUAUCGUUUUUAAUUGUAGUGUUGCUGUUUGACUUAUAUUUUCUGUAAAUUUUAUAAAAAAAAAUGACUUAUGAGAACUUUAUUGUGCACUAAUAGUAAUAAUAAAUAAAAUAGCACCUUUUGAAUUGAAUCUAUUAGUAGAGUUAAAUAGUAAUGAAAUUAUAAAAAUAAUGUUACAAUUCAUUUCAACAAAGCGGGCCAAUUAACAGUGAACAGCCUAUUUGUACUACAUUCCUAUGCCCGUUUAAAAAAAAACAUUCCUCUGACAUAUGACAGAACAGAUUGAUAGUCUAGAUAUCUGUUGACAGUUGAGACGCUUACAUAGUCUAUGGUUAUUAGACAUUUAUUACUAGCUGUAUGUAGUCUGUAGUGGGAUGACGGGUUUUAUUCACCGCAGUAAAUUUAUAUUUAUUUAAAUUGCCGCGUAGUAUGUAUAAUUUUACUCUUUUUAACAUGAAUCCAAGAAACAUGGAUGAUGGAAUUUAUAAACAAUUUUAUAAAGAUUUAAUAAAAUAUUCACCCAAUGACUAUAUUAUGUCAUUUAAUGAUCGAGUUUUCAAACUCGACGCAUAAUGGCGGCAAAUUUAAAAACAAUGUGUAAUUAGUUACGUUAUUGGUUCCAUUUAAUUGAAUAAUAUUUAGUGCUAGUAAGCUAAAUACGAUUUCCAAUCUUUUUUUUUUAAAUAAGUAAUUUUUUUUUCAAAAACAUUACUUAACUAGUACAGUAAUUUGUUAUUACCUUAACAAAAGAGUAAAGUUGUGAGAACACACUGGACUUUGAAAGUUGUUUAUGUUAUAUUCAAAUAUAUUUUUAUCUCAACUUAAAAAGUAAUCAAUAAUAUUACGCGGUACGCAAUUUCGUCCUAUACCGAAAUAAAUCAUAAGUAUACAGUUCAGAGUUGUCGUUAGAUUUUAUAUAAAUUGUUAGAAAAUUACAAAAAAAAUUGUCAAGCGCACUUAUAUUGUUACAGAUUGUAAUUUAACUCAUUCAUUAAACGCCAGUUAUUCUCCCAUUUUCAUUUCGAACGCACACCGAACAUUUUUAGGUGCUUUGAAACAUUCUUAAUGUAAGAUUUACUUGUAAGAUAACUGAAUCUGUUGACACUUGACGUUGCAGACAAAACUCUCUUUGACAGCUGUCAUUUAAAACAUAUCUCACAGCCACAGAGUAGUAUAGAUGAAAAAGGAACGGAACUGACGGGCCCUUGAGAGUAUUUGUUUUCUUUGUCAGCUUUGAGCAUAGACCAAUUCAUCUUUUUAUAAAUAACAAAAUGUGAAAAACUACAAAUGUUCAAAAGUUACAUUUUCACUCUUGGUUACUUAGUUAAAUAACAUUUAUUUUGUCAUGUUAAAAAUAAAGUUAUUUUGAGCUUUUGAAGUCUGUGGCAGAUGUAAUAUUUCUUUAUUAAUACUUGGGUUAAAUACUUUAUCAAUAUUAGUGUCGUCUCCAAUUUUUUUGUACUCUAUGUUUUAGUUUUUAGUUAUCUGUGGGCUCAAUGUGUUUAUUUUGAAUGAAAGCAUUUUAGUAGUAAGUGGUACAUAAUUUAUUGGCAUAGCUGUGACGUGGUAGAUUUGUGUAAAUAUGGAAUUGACAAUUUAAAUUGAAUAUAUCUUUAUUUGCUU